UCAUUCCUUUGUCCUCUCCAUAUAUCCACUCCUAAAGUGUUCUAUAAACCUCUAACUAUAAAUUGAUCACAUUUCACAAUCAAACAGUAAAUAUGCUCAACGCUCUUAGAUCAUCAGCUACCAGAGCAAAACCACUUGCUGUCUUCUCAAAUCCUCCUCCGUACCACAUAACAAAAACUUCUCAGAUUAGUUUCAGGACUCUUUUGACAGAAUCAGGAAAACAGGACGAUAUCAAAAUGGACCAGACCAAGAAUCCUGGAGCCGAGACCAAACCUAAGGACACAAUGUCCAGCUUUGGAGAAGGAUAUGCAACUAGGUCAGAUGAAGAAGGUUUUGGAGGGAUAUAUGGAGGAAACCAAGAGGCUGAGGAAAAGAUCAUCCAUGGGAAUGCCCCUGAGUACGAUAACAAGCAAGGAAGUGAAGUGAAGGAGAAGGAGAAGGCUCGUAACCAGCCUCAGGCAUCAUGAAGCUAAACGAAUAGCUAGGCUCCUUGUUGGGGACUUGACGGAGCUACUUUUUCCUGUUGUUUUUCUCUUAUUGUGCCCAAGCUUUUUAGAUUGUAAUUAUGUUGAGGUAGUGCUUAAUUAACGCCUCCCAACUCAUGGAAUAAAAUUUUCAAAGUUGUGUGCUAA